GAAUCAAUAGGCAGUAGCACAUGUCAUUGGAGAGAAGCCUUGGGUGGUGUCAUUCACUCUUCAGCAGACUCAUGGUGUAGUUGUAAGAUCACGUUUCAUUGACAGGCGCUAAUAGAAGGGAUUUAGAGCUAGCAGCGAGUCCAAGAGCUAUUUUCUGUUAGCACCAGCAAAUCGGGGGACAGUCACCUAGUGCGUUGUACUAAUGAAUUGUGCUGGGGUGACGAGAGAGAACGUGGGGAAAGGACUGCUCAUUUGCCAAUCCUCCAAAAUGGCUGAGAUUGCUCUGCUAACUGAUAAUUUAUCAGAGGUUAAACUAGGCGACAGUGACUUAAUGCCUAGUAAUAUUGCUAACCUGGACAGCAUAUCUAUUACUAUUGGAGCUACAGUACCUACAGGCUUUGAAUUAACAGCAGCUGCUGAAGUACAGGAGAAACUAGGAUGUGUGUGCAAAAUCAGCAAAGAUCGAGGAAAAAUUUACUUUGAAAUCAAGCAGGAUAGCCUGGGACAGGUUCACCGUCUGAGGUCCGUGGAUAAUCUGUUUGUUAUUGUCCAGGAGUUCUCAGACUUCCCGUUCAAAGAAACAAAGGAAUCUGCUUUAGAGGAUCUCAUGGAAUUGGCAGCAAAGCUUCCCUGGGAUGCAGCUCUAAAUGCCUGGGAGCUUAACAACAGUUUGAAAAAGAAAAAGAGGCGCAAGAAACCUGGAAACGGCAACCACAAAGAGCAGAAAGCCCAAGUAGUAUCUUCUGAAGUUGAGGUUGAAAAAGUGGAGGGUAGUAUACACCCUGAGAAAGAGCCCAUUACCUCGGUAAAUCAAGAAAAGGAUGAGGACCAGAAGCUACUAACUACAACCCAGAGCCUGGAAAUCCCAGAAAAGGAGGACACAGAAGCAGGCAAGAAUCAGGAUAAGCCAGUUUUACUUCCAGAUCCCAAAGAGGUCACAGGAGAAGAGACUGCUAAUGAUCAGGCGCAGACUAUCCACCUGCAUGGAUCUUCACAAGAAAGUAAGGAUAUCAACACUUUGCUUGAUGCUGCCGUGAAAGUGGAGGCUCAGGAAGGUGGCGAGACUACAGACAGUACCAGUGUCUUGAAAUUCCGUGUCACCUGCAACCGUGCAGGAGACAAACACAGCUUCACAUCAAACGAGGCAGCAAGAGAUUUUGGAGGAGCUGUACAGGACUACUUUCAAUGGAAGGCAGACAUGACCAACUUUGAUAUAGAGGUGCUCUUGAAUAUCAGUUAUAAUGAAGUAGUGGUGGGAAUCGCACUGACCGAAGAAAGUUUGCAUCGCAGGAAUAUCACACACUUUGGACCCACAACUCUUCGCUCUACCCUGGCGUACGGGAUGCUCAGGCUGUGCAACUUACAAUCAUCAGAUGUCAUUAUAGAUCCCAUGUGUGGGACAGGCUCCAUCCCUCUAGAGGGUGUGAGCGAGUGGCCAAACUGCUUCUUUAUGGCUGGGGACAAUAAUCCACAGGCUGUGAACAGAGCUGCCAGUAACAUCAACUCCUUACUAAGAAAGCAGAAAAACACAGAAAGUACCUCGCAAGGACUACCGAUUGAUGCUAUUCAAUGGGACAUCUCAAGACUCCCUCUGAGGAGCUCCUCUGUGGAUGUGAUUGUUACAGACAUGCCAUUCGGUAAGAGAAUAGGAUCAAAGAAAAAGAACUGGGAUUUGUAUCCUGCCUGUCUGAAAGAAAUGAGCCGUGUGUGCCGGGCAGGUACAGGGAGAGCCGUACUACUUACUCAUGACAGGAAAUGCUUUGUCAAGGCCCUGGCUAAAGCUGCACACAUGUGGAAGAAAAUGCACACUGUCUGGGUUAAUAUUGGAGGACUUCAUGCUGGAGUCUACCUCCUCCAACGGACUGCCCUUGAUGCAAGUGAAUGCACCAAAGACAAGCCGAAGGAGAAUCUGAGUGAAUGCCCUGUUUCACACUGCAAGGAGGAAGAGCCAGCUGCACCCUCGGAAAUGAUCUAAAACCACUAGAGAAAAUCCCCACUGCUUGAAGCUCUAGCCACAUGCUCAGGUGUUAAUAAAUGUUACUUUGGGUUUUUA